UGCGGUUGGAUGGGGCUGCGUGGGACACGGGGCUGUGUAGGUGGUGACGCCCUAGAAAGUAGAGGGUGUUUAUUACUGGGCAGCGCCCUGUGCACUAGCCGAGGCCGGCGGGCUCCGGCUCUCUUUGGAGCAGGACGAGGGGGCCUCGCACCUCUCGGCAGCCUCCUAUACUCCUGGGGUCGGGGCUUGUGUGUUUUACUUCCGGAUCCCACGGCUGCGACACCGGAAGCCGGAAGCGGGGGUUUCCAAGGCGGAGAAGUGGGGCGCUACUGCUGAGCCUGGACUUUCUCGGGAGCUCCGCGCCCCUAGGAGGGCUCGCAGCCCGCCGCUCCCGCCUUCCUCACGUCUGACCGACUCUGCUGACAGGUGCUGCUGUGGUGGAUGAGCAGGCACCCCUGGAAGAACCAGCUGUGUGAGAUGGUGCAGCCUGGCAGCAGCCCAGCAGGGGACCAGGACGAGGAGUCCUCUCUUGGGAAGCCGGCGAUGCUGCAGCUGCAGGCGGAGCAGGGCAGCCCCGAGGCCCUCCAGCGCUGUGUGGAGGAGAAUCAUGAACUCCGAGAUGCCAUCCGACAGAACAAUCAGAUGCUGCGUGAGCGCUGUGAAGAGCUGCUGCACUUCCAGGCCAGCCAGAAGGAGGAGAAGGAGUUCCUCAUGUGCAAAUUCCAGGAGGCCAGGAAGCUAGUGGAGAGGCUGAGCCUGGAGAAGCUGGAGCUGAGGAGGCAGAAGGAGCAGGCCUUGCAGGAGGCAGAGCAGCUGAAGAGAUGCCAGCAGCAGAUGGCUGAGGACAAGGCUUCAGUGAAAGCCCAGGUGACAUCCUUGCUGGGGGAACUCCAGGAGAGCCAGAGCCGCUUGGAGGCUGCCACCAAGGAGCGCCAGGCUUUGGAGGCCAGGGCACGGGCAGCCAGUGAGCAGGCGCGGCAGCUGGAGAAGGAGCGCGAGGUGCUGCAGCAGCAGCACAGUGUGCAGGUGGAUCAGCUGCGCAUGCAGAACCAGAGUGUGGAGGCCGCGCUGCGCAUGGAGCGCCAGGCUGCCUCGGAGGAGAAGCGGAAGCUGGCCCAGCUGCAGGUGGCCUAUCACCAGCUCUUCCAGGAGUACGACAACCACAUCAAAAGUAGCAUGGUGAGCGGCGAGCGCAAGCGAGGGAUGCAGCUGGAGGACCUGAAGCAGCAGCUGCAGCAGGCUGAGGAGGCCCUUGUGGCCAAGCAGGAGGUGAUUGACAAGCUGAAGGAGGAGGCUGAGCAGCACAAGAUGCUGAUGGAGACGGUGCCGGUCCUAAAAGCACAGGCGGACAUCUACAAGGCCGACUUCCAGGCGGAGCGGCAGGCCCGGGAGAAACUGGCAGAGAAGAAGGAGGCACUGCAGGAGCAGCUGGAUCAGCUGCAGCGUGAGUUCAGCAAGCUCAAGACCAGCUGCCAGGAGUCAGCCAGGAUCGAGGACCUGAGGAAGCGGCAUGUGGAGGUCUCACAGUCUGCGCUGCCCGCCUCUGGGUACCGCUCCUUUCACAUGCCCAACCAGAGGAGGAGUCCGCCUGAGGAGCCCCGCGACUUUUGCUGUCCCAAGUGCCAGUAUCAGGCACCUGACAUGGACACUCUGCAGAUCCACGUCAUGGAGUGCAUCGAGUAGGGCCUGCCGCUGCCACGCCUGGGGCCUUACCACCUCCGCCACCCUUCCCAGUCCAGAGGCCAGGACCUGGUGCCACAGAGUAGGCCCAGUGGGUAGCUGCAGGGCUCUGGUCUUGGCCCUUUGCUUCUCUGCUCCCCUCCUUCCCUUCUGUCUGCCGAACCGCUUGCUUCUGCCAGCCCCAGGAGUCCAGGAUGAGACGGGCUCUGAAGAUUGGAUGUCUUCCCAACCGCGUGCCCCAAGUGCUGCCUCUCCUGGCGGAGGCUCCCGCCUGGCAGCCGCCCCGUGGUGUUGAGGCAGUGCCGUGGAUGGGCCUUUGGGCCGGUCCCAGUGUUUGUGGUGCAGUGAAAAUGCUGGCACACUAACCACUCAUGCCUUUGGGGUAGAGACCAAGAGAUGGAGCUGUGGUGUCUGAGGACGGGUGGGUGGACCUCUGGCUUUCGGCUGUCUGCAGGGCCCUUUUCCCGCAAGAGUAAGUAGAAGCUGGGGCCCCUUCACUCUGUGGCUGUGAGCUGGCUGCACUUAUUUUUCAGCCGUUUUUCUAUUAGCAGCCCUUUGGUUAUUAUGUAAGAAUACUUCUUAUCUAUGACAGAAAUUGCAUACAUCUUUUUCCACUUUG